AUUGGUUACUGCUCAUCAGCCGACAAAUGUCAAGGAACAUUAUUAAUCAGUGACAUUUGUGGACAACAACGUUGUUGUAUCUCCGGACAAGCACCAGCAGCUUCAGGUGUAUGUAUUACCGGAGGAGAAUUUAAUGCUUUAUACAGUACACCUCGUGCUGGAUUCUUGCGCAGAAUUUUAAAUUAUGCAAUCAAUCAAGCAGGAAUUUGCUACAACUGUCAUGCAAAAGCUGUCUUUUUAGCUAUAUCAGCUGCAAUGACAAAUGACUUUACAAGUGAUGAAGUGACUGGUACUGAUGCACAAUUUGAUGACGAUGAUAAUAAGUAUGGUAACGAUCGACCAGGUGAUGGAUCGCGAUUUCGUCGACGGAGUUUCUUCGGUCUUCGAGGACGAGAAAUGUAUCAACGAUUGCAAACACUGAUACCACAGUAUCAGAGUGUAAGCAAACCAGAAUCAGUGGCUAUAGUUGAAAAUGGAAUGAAAAUUGCUGCGCAACAAUGGAAGAAUCCAAAUUUAUUGAAUGGUAUUUUCCGUUAA